AUGGCGCGGGACUUCGGUCAGCUGAUGACACAAGAUAUGAUUGAGACCGCCGCAAAUAUAUUACCUUCCUUUCCUGAUCCUCGACCUGCUCGCAAAUAUAACCUGCCGGCGCUGUAUAUGAAGAUCGACGUGCAGAAAUAUGCUAAAGAGGCCAUUCCGCUGCGUUAUGAUAAGGAGAAACUCGAAGCUCUGCGUAAAAAAAGAGCAGGCGCCUUGCGCAAGGCCAAGGAGCAUGCACAAAUGUGCGAACGGUGGCAUCAGUCGUGGGUGAAAGAACUGAGCGACAAAUCCGACGAUGUCCGGCGGAAGCGUCGGGACGCAAUCCGCAAGCGUCUUGCUGACCUCGGAUGGAAACAAGAAUUAGAUGCAUUGUUCCGAUGGAACCCGGAUCUCUUCACCUCGCAUCCUCUGAUCAAGCAGCGGAAAUUGCUCACCGAAAGAAUGUGGACUAACAUGAAAGACCAGAUGGAGAAGUUCAUGGAAGAAGUCAAGGCUGACCGCGAAGACCGGGAGCGUUUGCAAAUUGUCAUUCAGCGCCGACGCCUAGUGCACCAAAUUCGCGAUCAAUGGGCUAGCACUCGAGCUCCGACGGAGAUACUUCCCUCCGCGGCGGAUGUUUGCGAGAUGCCGUCUUUCAAGGCGGUUAUCGGGCGUCCUAGCGAUGUGCAGGUGGACGCCUCUAGCUUCGAGGAUGCUGUGGAAGGGCUAGACACAUCGCAUGUCGACUGGCUCGCGAUGAUACGCCAGAAGUUGGCGAAACUAGUGCCUCACACAGCAAGCCCAGGAAAGGCCAGGAAGGGCAAAAAGAAACUAGCCACCCCUCCUCCGGACGUUUCUUGCUUAGAUCUUGCCACGACAUGGUUUAGAUGCAAGUCAUGCUGGACCGCUAAGCUGGGAGCCUCUCGUGCACUAGCUCACCAUUGCCUGACAGAACACAGACGGCUGGCAAAGCGUCCUGACGAGGAUCCCGGUCUCCGCGCGCUCCGAGAUGACAUCGGAUCCGUCUGCUGGAACGAUCUGGACCUUCUGGAUUACCAUCAGUCGAUGGCGACUAUAUCUGCAGCUCUGGUGGAGCUAUGCGGGAUGGACCCGGCCACGACGACUCUGGGUGAUGUGGUUGGCGUACGCUUCAAGUGUAAGAAGUGUGAACACGCCGGCAGAGGAGCAUGUUAUGAGCAGUCCAAGGGUGCUUGGAUUGUUGACUUUCAGGGCGCCAUUAAUCACACGCGUGACAUGCACGACCCCAACGAUUCGAUCCUCACUCUCUGGGCUGUCUUGACCGAAAUGGAGGUGAGCAAGGUGCGGAAACUCGAGGAGUCGGUGCUCCUUGGGAUAUAUCGGGGAAUCAGUACUCGACCCGGCGACGGACCGGCUUGGACACCUAGUUCUGGCCUAGAAAUCGCAGUUUGGUGCAUGCAUUGUAAACAACGGACAAGCUUCAAGGCACUGCGGUGGCACCUGAAGAAGUAA